AUGAAGCACCGCGAGGGCCGGAAACCUCUGACGGUGGUGCUGAAGCUCGGCACCAGCUCUAUCGUGGACGAGAAGACACAUGAGCCCUUACUCUCCAUUUUGAGUCUCAUUGUUGAGACGGCCGUAAAGCUGAGGAAAGAUGGCCAUAGAGUGGUCAUUGUCUCAUCUGGCGCCAUCGGCGUCGGUCUCCUUCGGAUGGAGAUGGACAGACGGCCAAAGCAUUUGUCAACACUACAGGCGUUAGCAGCCAUCGGUCAAUGUAGACUCAUCAGUCUAUGGGACGAUUUGUUCAGUCACUUCAGACAGCCCGUCGCCCAGAUUCUGCUCACCAGGAACGACAUUGCAGACCGAACACGGUAUCUCAAUGCCCAAAACACGUUCAACGAACUUCUCGACAUGGGCGUCAUCCCCAUCGUCAACGAGAACGACACCCUAGCCGUCUCUGAAAUCAAGUUUGGCGACAAUGACACCCUCUCCGCCAUCGCCGCCGGCAUGGUCCAUGCAGACAUGCUAUUCCUAAUGACGGACGUGGACUGCCUCUACGACAAGAACCCCAGAACGCAUCCCGACGCCCAGGCGAUCGAGGUGGUUGAGGAUAUUUCAAGUAUCCAAGCAGAUGUCUCAACAGCAGGCUCCGCUCUCGGCACCGGUGGCAUGAUGACCAAGAUCGUCGCCGCGAGAUUAGCAACCCAAGCAGGCGUGACGACCGUCAUCACCCGCUCCUCCAACCCGGGCAACAUCGUCAAGAUCGUCCGCUACGUCCAAGCCCAUCAGAAAUUCUCAUCCUCCUCCCCGCGCCUCGACGCCACUCAUCCGGACGGCGACGACCUCGAUCACCACGACCACACCGAAGACCCGCUAGCGCAGUCGACAGCCUCCCUCCACCUUGACCAGGCCGUCGAGAAGCCCCCGCUGCACACCCGUUUCCUCCCCUCCGCGGACCCCAUCCGCGAUCGCCACUUCUGGCUCAUCCACGGCCUAAAGCCCCACGGCACUCUCUACAUCGACGCCGGCGCCCACAGCGCCCUCCUCCGGAAGGCAGGCCUGUUGCCCGCGGGCGUGCUCGACGUCGAGGGCAACUUCGCGCAACAGGAGGCCGUCCGCCUCGUCGUCGUGGACCGCUUGCACGUGCCCAGCACCAACGGAAAGCUGUGGAGCGGCACACCGGUCGAGGUCGGCCGCGCGCUCGUCAACUACGCCGCGCCCGAAAUCAUGCGCAUCAGGGGCCAUCAGAGUUCCGACAUUGGGGGCCUGCUGGGGUACGCUGACAGCGAGUACGUGGCAGAGAGGCAGCACAUUCGCAUCUUUAGCCGGGAGAGCCGUCCGGUGACGCCGAGCAUCGAGAAGGCCAAGGAGCAAAUCGUCGAGGAGGUGAUUUCGGGUAUCACAGGGUAUGAGCAGAAGACAUAG